CCGACGGCCCAGGUAUGCCGACGGCUGCCGUAGGCAUAGACAGCACUAUGCCGACGGCUUAUCUAUGCCGACGACGGCCGUCGGCAUACCCGGAGAUAGCCCGACGGCUUGGGUAUGCCGACGGCCUGGUCUCGGCUGUCGGCAUAGGCCGACGGGGGCCGUUGGCAUUGUUUAGGCCGUCGGGGUAGAGCCCUGUUCCGGUAGUGAUAUUUUCAUACGAGACUAGCUAAACAUAUAUAGCUCUGUUGCACCAACGAAGACAUUGUGUCAAAGGGAUAAUAUUCUUGAGUUGCACGAUGUUUGCCUUUGACCUGGUUUCUAGUCUAUGGUCAUAUUACAAGGGAUGUGCUAUUUCAAUGGAGCAUGUACUAUAGUGGUAUUUGUUCCACUUAGUUUGUCGCAACGUACGAGUAGGGGCAUUUGCUAAUUCUUGGUUACUUGUUGUUAUUAAAAUCGGUGAUAUGGACGUGAACUUAUCAUUAGAUCUCAUUGUGGUAUGCCUUCCACAAACACCCGUUGUGCGCUAGCUUUGCAAUCGCACUCAAUGCAAUCAAGCUAGCUCCAUAAUGUCACACCUUCCAUUAGUGUCUCCAGUGGCCAGUGCAGAACACACACACAGGCUAAGCUACACCACAACAUAUAAAAGAAAAAAACUAUUUUUCUCGUGUAUAAAUAGCCCAGUAGUUUCUGCUUGCUCCAACAGAACAAGCCAAGAACUCUCUACAAUACUUACCAACGAAUGGGUUCUCUGCAUGUCUCCUGCAGUACCACUCAACAUAGCAAGCUUCAGAGGGUUUACCAACUCCUGUUUUUCCAUGUGCACCCGUUCUGGCUCCAUUUCUUGUACUUUGUAACCAUCUCCUUCUUAGGUUUCGUGAUCCUGAAAGCCCUGCCCAUGAAGACCAGCAUGGUCUCGAGGCCCAUAGACCUUGACCUGAUCUUCACCUCGGUGUCGGCCACCACGGUGUCGAGCAUGGUGGCCGUGGAGAUGGAGUCCUUCUCCAACCCCCAGCUCCUACUCCUGACCAUCCUUAUGCUCCUCGGCGGCGAGGUGUUCACCAGCAUGCUUGGCCUUUACUUUACCUACAUCAAGUCCAAGAAGAAAGAAGCCCCCCAUGACCAUGGUGAUGGUGGUGGCAAAGUCGAACCAGCACCGUCUAGCCUAGAGCUCCCUGCUACCACCUUCAUGGACGAUAGCACUGCACAGAACCAGAUGGAGCAAGGGUUCAACAAGGAGCAGCCCCGAUACGGCCGAGCCUUCCUCACCAGGUUGCUCCUGUUCAUAGUGCUGGGCUAUCACGUGGUGGUGCACCUCGCCGGCUACUCCCUGAUGCUGCUCUACCUGAGCGUCGUCUCCGGCGCAAGGGCUGUGCUCGCCGGCAAGGGGAUCAGCCUGCACACCUUCUCCGUAUUCACCGUCGUCUCGACAUUCGCCAAUGGUGGCUUCGUGCCGAACAACGAAGGGAUGGUCGUCUUCCGGUCCUUCCCGGGCCUCCUGCUCCUCGUCAUGCCGCACGUCCUCCUCGGCAACACGCUCUUCCCUGUCUUCCUCAGGCUGGCCAUCUGGGCUCUCCGGAGGGUCACCAGGAGGCCCGAGCUCGGCCAGCUGCAGAGCAUCGGCUAUGGUCACCUGCUGACGAGCCGGCACACCUGCUUCUUGGCUUUCACCGUGGCCACGUUCGUGCUGGCGCAGCUGUCGCUCUUCUGCGCCAUGGAGUGGGGCUCCAACGGGCUGCACGGGCUCACCGCCGCGCAGAAGCUCGUUGCGGCACUGUUCAUGUCGGUCAACUCUAGGCACACCGGCGAGAUGGUCGUGGACCUUUCCACCAUGUCGUCAGCCGUUGUGGUGCUCUACGUGGUCAUGAUGUACCUACCACCUUACACUACAUUUCUACCAGUGGAAGACGACAGUGACCAACAAGUGGGAGCAGAUCAGCACCACCAGAAAAGGGUAACAAGCAUAUGGCGGAAGCUGCUCAUGUCGCCGCUCUCGUUCUUGGCCAUCUUCAUCGCCGUCGUGUGCAUCACGGAGCGGCGGCAGAUCUCCGAUGACCCCCUCAACUUCAACGUCCUCAACAUCACCGUCGAGGUUAUCAGUGCGUACGGAAACGUGGGGUUUAGCACCGGGUACAGCUGUGCCCGGCAGGUGACUGCCGACGGCGGCUGCAGGGAUACGUGGGUUGGCUUCUCUGGGAAGUGGAGCUGGCAAGGGAAGCUGGUUCUCAUUGCUGUCAUGUUCUACGGCAGACUCAAGAAGUUCGGCAUGCAUGGUGGCGAGGCAUGGAGGAUAGUAUAACCUAGUAGCAGACUGCAUAUUUCUCAAUGAUCUCUCUUCAGACAGAGACUAGCUACAUCUCGCUCUAGUCUAAAACCAUCUGAACUUAUUUUCAUUAUGCAAGUACCUCAAUCACUUCAUGCAUAUCGAUGGCCUGAACAAUUUUUUUUUAAAGAUAAAAAUGAAACAAAAUUCAUCCAAAUUGGAUGUGCCUUCAA